AUGGCCUUCAAAAUCACGGAGCACGUUAUUGACAGCCAGUAUAUUCGGGAAUAUCCUCGAUCAACCGCAACGGAAGAUGCCCCUCUGAAGCUUGCGAUCAAAAAAUAUACCCCGACCGAUAAUCUGAAUCCACUCCCCGGCGAUGUGACCAUUAUUGCAGCCCAUGGAACUGGUUUUCCCAAGGAACUUUACGAACCGUUGUGGGAAGAUCUUGUCGCUAGAAGCAAACAUGAUGGAUAUCGCAUCCGAGCCAUUUGGAUGGCCGACGCCGUUAACCAAGGCGCCAGUGGGAUUCUGAACGAGGAGCACCUGGGAAAUGACCCCUCAUGGGCCGAUCAUGGCCGAGACCUGCUUCAUAUGAUCAAUCAUUUCCGAGCCGACAUGCCUCAACCGAUCAUGGGUCUCGGACAUAGUGUUGGCGGUGCCCAAAUCGUUCAUCUCUCCCUUAUACACCCCCGCUUAUUCACAACCAUCGGUCUCCUGGAAGGAUACCUGACGCACGAGGACGUGGGCGAACGCGGCCGCGCGCUCUUAUGGGCCACCUUGCAUAAACCUGACGUCUGGCCCUCCCGCGAAGCCGCUAUCAAACAAAUACCCAAAUUUUUCAAAAUCUGGGACAAACGCGUUCUCGACCGCUGGAAUCAAUACGCUUAUCGCGACCUCCCGACUCUCGUUCACCCUGACACGCCCGAAAACUUCGACCCGCAAAACCCGCCCGUCACGCUCACCACCACCAAACACCAGGAGCUCACGAUGUAUACUCGCCCCAAUCCCAAGCGCCACAAGCAACUCGGUCUCCCCGAGGAACUCGACAACAACAAGGGCUACGGCCCAAGCCCCCCUCACGACCCGCUCUUCUACCCCGACAUGCUGGGCCCUCUGUACGAAAGCCAACUCAUCUACUGCUCCGAGCCGCUGCUCGCAUUUCGCCUCCUGCCUCACGUGCGACCAUCCGUGCUCCUCGUCUACGGCGACAGCAGUGAACUUUCUCUGUGGAAGCUUGGACAAAAGGCCGCGCAACGCGUCGGCACGGGAUUCGGCGGCAGCGGGGGACUCGCAUAUAACCGUGUCAAACAUGUCCUGCUGCCGAAGUGCGGACACAUGUUGCCCAUGGAGAAGGUGACGGAGACAGCGGGCGUGGUCGGGCCUUGGAUCGGUCAGCAGUUGCAGUGGUGGAGGGAGGACCAGCGGCGUCUGGCCGAGGGGUGGGAAGGGCUGUCGAUCAAGGACAAGUCGACUAUCGGUCCGGAAUGGAAGGCGACGUUCGUCAAGGCGAUCAAGACGCAUCCGAAGUUCCAGGAGCAUGCGAAGAAGAAGAAGGAGAAAAAGCAGAGGAGCUCGAGAUUGUAG